UGUUCGUGGGUCUGCCCGCACUUGAAAAUGUCAACGUAUAAGAGAACAGCCUACCCUUUUCCUCCCUUCACAGCACCCCUCCCUCCAGAUUAUACAUCUUCAAAAUCUCUCUCUCUCUCUCUCUCUCUCUCUCUCUCUCUCUCUCUAGUACUUGGUGUUGCCAAACUGUGAAAGUCCUUGAUUAACAAAUCAUCCCAGAAGCAAACACAAUUCAAGAAGGUUGUCAAAAUUGUCCAUCAAUAUCUAUUCACUGGCUACUCUAUCAUCCACCAUUUCUUGACGGCCGAAAAAGAAAUAGAAAGAAUCCGCGAAGAGCAGAAGAGAAUCGGGACAUCGGUGGUGUCUCUUCAAUCCUCUCUCCAUAGACGUUGGCACAGGUGGGGAAAGCCGCAUAUUUGCAGCAUAACGGUCAAGAAGCAAUGGAAACAACGGAAAUUACUGCAGAAGCUGAUCAAGGCCAUCUUCAUCAUGAGCAUUAUCAACACAACCAGAUGCUGAACUACAACAGAAGCGCCAACGGGACGAGCGAGAUCGUGGAGGAGCACUCGACGGAAGUCUUGGAGAUGGGCAGCCCGAUGUGGGCCAUCGUGGAGGACGAGAUGGAAGGAAUGAGCAUGAGCAGCCCGAUGUGGGAAGGAAUGAGCUUGUUCUCGUUGGACAUCCACAAAAACAGUGCAUGGGAACGCGGUGAGUGCGUGUACGUGGCGGUGAGAGAGAAGAGCGAGACGAGCAUGGACGCACUAACAUGGACGCUGAAGAACGCCGUCGUCAACGUGUCAAACACGACCGUUUUCCUGGUGCAUGUCUUCCCUGAGAUCCGCUUCGUUCCGAGCCUAUUAGGAAAUCUACCCAUAUCUAGGGCUAACGAACAGCAAGCACGAAUGGCCAGGGCACAAGAAAGAACCAAAAGGUACCGCCAACUUCAGAAGUAUCUGGACGCCUGCAUUUCCUUAAAGAUUAGGGUGGACACUAUACUCAUUGAGAGUGACAAGGUUGCGGAGACCAUCCUGGGGCUCAUCCCUGACCUCAACAUAACCAUGUUAGUGGUCGGCACUGCCAAAGCCAAUUUGAGGAGGUUGAAAUAUAAAAGGGGAAGUGGGACUAUUAAUCAGAUACUUCAGAAAGCCCCAGAGACAUGUGAGGUCAAAAUCAUAUGUGAAGGAAAGGAGGUGAUACUCGAGCAGAUGGCGAUGGGGUCGGGGUCACCGUCCACUUCUUGGCACAGCAAGUCGAUUACGCCUUUGCAAGGGAGUCCGGACUGGCCCAAGUGGAUGAAGGAAGGGAGUCAGCACAGCAAGCCGAUCACGCCUUUGCAAGGGAGUCCCAACGGGUCGAUCACGCCUACGCCUUUGCAAGGGAGUCCGGACUGGCCCAAGUGGAUGAAGGAAGGGAGUCAGCACAGCAAGCCGAUCACGCCUUUGCAAGGGAGUCCCAACGGGUCGAUCACGCCUACGCCUUUGCAAGGGAGUCCUAAUGGGCCGAUCACGCCUUUGCAAGGAAGUCCCGACGGGCCCAAGCCGAUGAAGGGAGGGAGUCAGCGCAGCAAGCCGAUCACGCCUUUGCAAGGGAGUCCCGAUGGGCCCAAGCUGAUGAAGGAACGGAGUCAGCGUAGCGAGCCGAUCACGCCCUGGCAAGGGAGUCCCGACGGGCCCAAGCCGAUGAAGAAAGGGAAACCGCUCGUGGAUUAUUUCUCAUUCUUUUGUUUCAAACCAAAGGCCUUUUGACAAGAUAUGGGGAUUUGUCCAUACUUUCCAUUUUCUUCUUUCUUUCUUUUCUUCUGUCCCUGAAAAUCGACUUCGGCUGCAAAGGGUCUGUAAAUGAGCAUAACCAGCCGAAGUUCAAUGCUCGGCCAAAGUCAACUCAGAGAAAAAAUUUGCGAAUUAUCUAAGAAAAUGCAGGCGAUGCGCCAAUCCCUCGAUCACCUAAAGACCACAUUUUUUCAAGCCGAAAAUAAGCAGGCAAAGAAGAAAUGAGAGAGAAGCUCCUUUCUUUGAAGAAAGAAUUCGAUCCCAAGCAGAUGAGGAAUCUUGAGCCAAAGCUCGUGGAAACGACUGAAGAGAUCGAGGUUCUACAGAACGGGAUGAAGAAGGUCCAUCCUUCCGACAUGGAUUCAGUCGAGGGCCUCUCUACGGAGCUUAAAGAUGCCACAAAGGCGUUACAAAACGUCGCAGAAGAAGAGAGCUCUUGUAGAGAGCUGGUGAAUCCUCUGAGGCAGGAACUGGAGGACAUGAAGAUGGAGCGCAUCAGUUUGGAAGCACGGGAAGCGGACUUGGAGAGCACCGUGAAGAACCUUCAAGCUGAAUUGGUCC